GUCGAGUAUUAUCAAAAAGCUUUUGGUUUUCUCUCCGGUUUUCUUUUCGCUUGGCAAGUCAUCCAUCCCUCCAAAUCUUUCUACUUUGUUCGUGUGGCCAAUCCAGUUUUUGUCGUCAAAGGCAUCGUCGGUGGUGUGUCUCUCUUUUUCAUCAGGAAACGCUGACACGUCCUCCCCAGGUUCCUCUCAUAUG